AUGAUAGCAGAAGGUCCACUCCCUCGAGAAACAACUACUACAACGCAACACCCUAUCAAUACCGAACAAUACCUUAAUGUACAAUCAGCAACAGCCCCAAUAAAAAAUUUUCCUACGACAAGUGAGAUUAGCCGUCAAACUCUUGUGGACACAACAAGGGAUGACGUUUACUCCAUCAAGAAUUUGAAAGGCUCGAGGAACCCAAUCAGUCCCAGUGUUUCUAACGUUGGCUUCCAAUCCAUAUUCCAAACAGUAGAUCAUCCUCGAUCCAAGUUGAGUGUGGCCUCAAAUCAUUCCUUGAGAAGCAAUGAUGAAGCCUCAGCCGUAACACCUAAUUCAAACUCUUCUCAGAUUGGGGAAUCCCAAAGCGUUAAAAUGGUGGAGUGCUCGAACAAUCUAUCCAAAAAGUUAUCCUCCGAUGCAAUAUCUAUUACUCAGAAAAGUUUACACUCAACGCCAUCCGGCAGGUAUAUAAAAGGAAAGGCUUCUGGUUUUUUUAAAAGGAGGAACAGGGCACAUACAACCAUUUCAUCAGAUCCUGCUUCGUUUUUGACAGAUUCCAGCACCUUGCAUAAUAGUUCACAUUCAUUUCGCAACGUAAUUAAGAACUUUUUCCAAAACAAAAGCCACAGGCACAUUGGUCAAGAUACCAUAGAACCUGCAAUUCCAAAUUCGUUAAGUAAAUUUCUGCAUUCUUCUUAUGGAAGACAUAAAUCUCCGUCACAAUUCAUUCAUACCAAUGCAGGGCAGCUUGUGGACUCAGGAACUUCUGUGUAUUCAUUGAAUGUUAAUCCAUCUGGUGUCAAUCCCAAUAUAAUUGUCGAGGAUCCGCUAUCUGGGGCGGAUCCUUCCUCACCAAAUCCUGUCUCAAUGUUGCACGAUCUUUUAAGGAACUUACCAUCUCUCGAAGCUAAUUAUAAACACUUCAACUCUCAAGAAUUGACAACACUUACGAAUAAUAUUUGGAAUAUAUUCUGUAGUAACGUAGCAGAAUUAUUCAGGACACAAAGAAUAUGGAAACUCAGGGCCAAAAUAGAAAAUUUCAACGAAGUUUUAGAAUUUUACUGCAUUUUAAAAACAGAUCCAAGAGUCACCAAUAGCGGCAUGAAUAGAAUCAUCGGCGAUUUGAAAGAAUUUUUAGUUGGCUCCCUAUACAAUUUGGAAAAUCAAAUUGUUUUCAACUAUUCCAAUGAAGACACAAUAAAUAAUGCAUUAAAAAGAUUAGGUGUUAUAUGGCGGAUAUUUUACCAAGAAGUAUAUUAUGAUUUGGCUGCUGUGUUGUUACCGUUGGAUCAGAGUAUCAGAGAGGAUGGUAAUUCUACGGUAUUGAAAUCAGGCAAUGAAAGUCGGACAAACAUUGCUGGUAAGUAUUCCAUUGGGUUUCUUUUGCUUAUGUGCUUUAGAGAUUCAAUAGUGUUACCUUGUUAUGAAAACUUCGUGAAUAGUCACGAUGGUAUCAGCAAAAGUUUUCAACUUUAUAUUUUUAAUCAAGAGGAAGAAAGUAAUGUUACUGAAAUAGAUAAAUUGACAUUGCUGCAAUGUUUUGGCAUAUUAAGCACCAUUCAAAGUAACGAUAGAAACCAACGAAUUGUUGAUGAAUUAUUGACGGGUAUUAGAAUGAGUAUAUAG